GGCAAUUCCAUCUACUUCUCCGAACAAAGGAACAAGCCACGCAGUCGAACGCCGGCGGGCGGAUUAUCAUCCGAGCGUAUGGGGCGAUUACUUCCUCGUAUAUGCUUCUCCCACCAGCUCCAUGCGGCUAACAUAUAUGCAGGAGUUCAAAUACCUUGGAAGAGUGGAGGAACAAAUUGAGGGAUUGAAACGAGAGGUGAGGAAGAUGGUGACUGAUGUUGUGGAAAAGCCCUCGCAAAUGCUGCACUUGAUCGACCAAAUCCAACGCUUGGGAAUUUACUACCAUUUCGAAUGUGAAAUAGACAAGCAAUUAGGACAAAUCCAUAAAAGUUACUCUCAACUUGUGCAUGGAGUUUUUAAGGCCGACGACCUUCACAUGAUCGCUCUCAUCUUUCGAUUGCUGCGACAGCAAGGUUACAAUAUUUCAUCAGAUGUUUUUAACAAAUUCAAGGACGGCGAAGGGAAGUUUAAGGAAACCCUCGUCGCCAAUGCGCGCGGACUACUAAGCCUAUAUGAAGCUUGCCAUUUAAGGUGCCAUGGCGAUGCUAUCUUGGAAGAAGUGCUUCAUUUCGCUAUGACUCACCUCGAAUCGAUUGACGAAAGGAAAGUAAGCAAUAGUCUCGCGAAACAAGUGAAGCACGCCCUAAAGCAGCCGCUUCACAUGGGAUUGCCGAGGCUUGAGGCAAGGUAUUAUAUUCCACUCUACCGAGAAGAGCCUUCUCACAACGAAGUCUUGCUCGCCUUGGCUGAACUAGAUUUCAACUUGCUGCAAGAGCAACACCGGAAGGAACUCGGCAAGAUCACAAGGUGGUGGAAGGACAUAGAUGUUGCGAGGAAGUUCCCGUUUGCCGGGGACGGGAUUGUGGAGCUGUUCUUCCGGACAUCGGGAGCAUACUUUGAGCCGGAGUUUGCCAUGGCCAGGGAGAUACUAAUCAAAGUGGCCGCCCUUCUUUCCAUUCUCGACGAUAUCUACGACGUCUAUGGCACGUUGGAAGAACUCGUAAUCCUCACCGAAGCAAUCCAGAAGUGGGAUGUCGAUGCCAUGGAUGGACUACCAGAGUAUAUGCAAGCUUGGUACGAGGUGCUUCUCGAUGUCUUUCAUGAAGUAGAGAAUGAAGUGGCCUCGAAGGGAAGACUGUACCGCCUCGUCCAUGCAAAAGAAGCCGUGAGCAUCAUCGGCGCACCUUGCAUUCAUCGAACACGAGUUUUUACAUAGAAACCCUAACCUUCUUGUUUUAUACAUAAUUUCUCGGAUGAAGAAGCAAGCAAGAGUGUACUUUCAUGAAACCAAAUGGUUCCACACCAACUACACGCCAACGCUGGAGGAGUACAUGCCCCUUGCGCUUUUAACGAGC